AUGCUGUACAAACAGUGCAUUGAGGAGUAUUUUGAUAACAACAACCUACAAAGUGUGUGGAGAGGCAUCAGGACUACGUAUAACGGACUAGAAGUGCAGUGGGCCACAGUAGAAAGCAUCCUCUGUCUUGGUGCAACAGUGUGGUACGGCAGCUGCACUGCUCAGGACAGAAAGAACUUAUCCUGGGUGGUGAAAACAGCACAGGGGAUUGUAGGAAGUCCUCUUCCAGACCUGGACUCAAUAUACGUGGGCCGGGUCCAGAGGAAGGUCCGACGUUACACUGCUGACCCCACCCACCUGGAAAAUGGACUGUUUGUUCCACUUCCCUCGGGCAAACGCCUCAGGUUCCUGUUCUUAGCUGACAGGAGUGGCACCCAGUGUGGUCGUCUGCUGCUGUUGAACAUCUUCUUCAAGGCUGGACGUGUUGUGCAUUCCGAAAUGCAAGUUGUCUUGACCACGUCUACAUGUCUAAAUGCACUGAGUGGCUGUCUGGCCUCAGAGCUGUCAUUCUUGCUGGAGCCCACUGAUGUGACUGCAGUAAGAGAUCGCCCACUUAUGCUGGACUGUCGGGUACAGGGCGAGGAACCGAUCAUGAUUACGUGGCGCAAAAAUGGAUCACCAUUACCCACUGGCCCGCGAGUUCGGGUAUUGGCAAAUGGCACUCUGUUACUCCAGAGCUUCCAGAAACGUAGAGAGGGGACUGAUGCAGACAUGGGCGAGUAUGAUUGUGCUGCCCAAAACCGCUAUGGCAUGCUGGUCAGUAGGAAGGCUAAAGUUCAUUUGGCAUCUCUUCCUAAGUUCCACACCCACCCAGUGUCCAUGUCUGUAGAUGAGGGAGGUGUUGCUCGCUUCCAGUGCCAGGUUAAUGGAGUACCUGAGGCCAAAAUCACGUGGGAGAGAGAUAGAGUACUGCUUAACACCACCGACAGCAGGUACACUCUCCUACCAAUGGGUAUCCUCCAGGUGACAGGUGUGAGGCAGGCAGAUGCCGGGGUUUUCCGCUGUGUUGCAACCAACAUCGCCAACACCCGUUACAGCAAUGAGGCCACACUUAAUGUCACUGGUGGAGCUCCCAGAACUUACAAGGAGCCGAUCAUCCUAUCGGGACCCCAAAAUCUUACCAUCACUGUUCAUCAGACUGCCAUCUUAGAGUGCAUUGCCACAGGAAACCCAAGGCCUAUUGUUUCCUGGAGCAGACUAGACGGACGUUCCAUUGGGGUGGAGGGUAUCCAGGUUCUGGGAACAGGGAACCUGAUGAUCUCAGAUGUGUCCCUGCAGCACUCUGGUGUUUAUGUAUGUGCGGCAAAUCGCCCAGGCACCAGAAUGAGACGUACUGCACUUGGACGUCUCGUCGUACAAGCUCCUCCUGAGUUCCUACAAUGGCCACAGUCUGUGUCCAAACCAGCAGGGGGCAGUGCUGUUUUCACCUGUGUGGCCCAGGGUGUCCCAGAGCCUCACCUCAUCUGGCUGAAGAAUGGCAAGGUCCUGAUGCCGGGACACAAUGUAAAGCUGACCAAUAACAACAGUACUCUGGCUCUAACCCGUAUUACCUCAGAGGAUGAGGCUAUCUACCAGUGCAUUGCCGAGAACAGUGCUGGCACCAACCAGGCCAGCGCCCGUCUGGCUGUGGCUCAGGCUAAAGACCUGCCCGCUGCCCCUCAAGGGCUCAAAGCUAGCUCCCUGUCUACGAACGCUCUGCAGAUCACAUGGAGUCAGCCACCUGCCAAUGUCACAGAGACCAUCAUCGGAUAUGUUCUGCAUAUUCGUAAAAUAGGAGAGCCUGACAGUCUGGAGUUGCAGGAAGCCAUAAGUAAAGGUGCCUUUCAGCAUGAUGUGAUGAACUUGGAACCAGCCACCACCUAUUCCCUUUACCUGAAGGCCUACUCUCCAUUGGGAGCCAGCCAACAGUCGCACACUGUGGUUGCUACCACACUAGGGGGUGUGCCAACCCCACCGACCUAUUUCACUAAGGUGUUGAACUCCAGUGCUGUGCAGGUCCUCUGGGAAUUCCCCAGUUCAGCCGGUAAGGCUGAGGGCUUCAGACUGUCAUACCGAAGGGUCCCCCACCCUGAAUACCAUGGGCCAAUUCAGCUACCCUGUCACAUCAGUGGCCACACCAUCUCCAACCUGGAACCAGGAGCAGUGUAUGAAAUCAAACUGGUGGCGUACAAUGGAAAUGGGGAAAGUGACUGCUCUAAGAGACUGGUGUCACUCGCAGAGGAAGGCAUGAGUGACCAAAGCACUGGAGGAAGCAGUCUGUGUCAGUGCAGGGAUGGUGAGGCCUCUCUGGGUAGCAUUGUCAUUGGCGUCCAUAUUGGCACUGCCUGCAUUAUUUUCUGUGUUCUCUUCCUCAUGUUUGGAUACCGUCGCAGUCUGUUUUGCAGCAAAGGGACUCAGGAGAACUGGUCUGUACAAAGGAUCAACAUAGGACACAGCAGCAUCCCUAAAGAGGAAGGAAGCCACUCUAGAACAGAGUCUGCACCUCAGGACUAUGCAUCCACCAUGGUAGUCCUUGUCAGGGUCACAGCAAACAUGAUGUAUGCUAUCUGA